UCAGCAGUCAGUUGUUUGGGGUCACUUAAAUUUGUUCAAUUGAAAUCUUUUGCUUCCGCGGCCUAUAAUGUAUGCAACUUCGAUGGCAAAAUAUUUUCCAGUGUUUUUGUUGUUGUUUCCUUUUCCUGACAUUUGUAAUUCUCAUGAAUGUGGCCGUCGAACGUACACUCAGUUGCCCCUGAUCUAUGGAGGCAAGACUUCCAGUCCGGGAGAGUGGCCCUGGCAUGCAGCAAUUUACCAUUUGGGUACCAUUCGAUCUACUUCCAGCUAUCAGUGCGGGGGUACCUUGAUUAGUUCUGAGUUCGUUCUGACAGCCGCUCAUUGUACCUUUAGGAAUGGCAUUCCACUUCCAGCCAACCAUUUCAUUGUGAAACUGGGAUCUUACAAUUUGAACACUGAGGAAGAUCACCGGAGCGAAUAUGGGGUAGGGUUGGUAGAACGGCACUUCAAGUACAAUCCAUGGGCCCAUCAGUACGACGUGGCUUUACUACAAAUGGAAAACAAGGUGGAGUUUAGCAACUUCAUUCAGCCUGUGUGUUUGCCUGCUGAUGCAAAUGCUCAUCAGUUCUCGCAUGGAAACGUAGUUGGAUGGGGCUUUGGUGACCGAAACCAAAUGGAGACAGUUCUACAGAAAGCUAAUUUACACGUGGUGGACUAUGCCACUUGCUUGCGGAGUAAUGCAAUUCUAUUCAGUGUUUUGCUAUCAAAAGACUACAGCAAUUUCUGUGCUGGUAAUGAUAACAUGACUAAUGUUUGCGACGGCGAUAGCGGCGGUGGAUUGUUUAGUUUUAAUAAAAUAGACGGGGCCUGGUAUAUAAGAGGAGUCACCAAUGCAGGAGUGCGUGUGGAUCCGGCAUUGAACAUGCGUUGCAAUCCAAGACAGUUUACGGUAUUUUCCAAUGUAACCUAUUAUAUGAAUUGGAUUAGGUCAGUGCAAAAUCGGAGGGAGGCGAACCUGCUCGAUUUGAAGGAUUGUGGAGAAGAUGACCACGAUCCGAGCGUUCCCGAAAGUGAUAAGCCCAUGUUCCAGCAAUAUCCAUGGAUGGCGCUUCUUGAGCAUGGAAACAGCAAUUCCACAAAAAUCGAAACAGUGUGCAGCGGAGUACUUAUUCACUCGCAGUUUGUGCUCACAACCGGACAUUGCACGUGUGCAACAUGUAAUGGAAUAAAACCGAAAGCAGUUCGGAUUGGUGAUUAUGACCUUCUCAAAAAUCCCGAAACAGAUUUGGAUGGAAUAGAAGUUGAAGCGGAAUCGAUUCCAAUUUUGAAAAUCAUUCACCACCCGGAAAUGGACCUAUCCGUUUAUAGACACAACAUAGCCGUGAUCAAGCUCGCACGAGAACCUAAUUUUCGGUUGCCACAGCCGAUCAAGCCGAUAUGUCUUCCCACCACUCGAUCAUUCAGUGGAAAUAACUAUGUAGUAGGUUGGAGACGAGCUGGGAAAUCAAACGUUCUCGAGCGAGAAUCAGUCAUUCUGGAACACAUCAAGCAAUGCAAUAAUAUUUAUAGUGCCAUCAAAGUGAAUCUUGAUCCUGAAGAAAGUAUUAUAUGUGUAGAUAAUAAAAUUAAUAAUAAAAACUGUAUUAGUUAUAAGGCUGGAAGCGCAUUGCUAUACCAAGCUCAACUCGAUGGUAACAACCGAUACUACCUCAAAGGACUGCAUGUGCUUGGCUUACCGAGAUGUGGACCAAAAUCGAAAGACGUGUUCAUUGAUGUCAGUCAUUAUUUGGAAUGGAUUAAGCAAACCGUAGAUUUGGAAAUCGCCCGUAAAUAA